GACAAGUUCGAGGUUAUCUUACAUCACUGUAAUGAAGUUCAUAAUGAACUGGGAUCAACCACAAGGGCCCUUCAGGAGAGCCUACACGUGCCAUAGGCCAAGGCACGAGGGAAAAGAUGAUAAAACUUCCGGAAACAGUCGGAAGAGAAACUCAAGUACCCUGGCCUGUGUAGAGACUGGUUGUGAGUGUAUGUGCGUGAGUGGCUGCCUGACUUGCUGCCGCUGCCCCUCUGCCGGACAUUGUCAGCAGAGCAACUUUGUGUCCUGGCCUGUGUGCAGACUGUGGACACUGUCAGGAGAGCAACUGGGUGUCCUGGCCUGGGUGCAGACAGUGGAUGCAGUCAAGAGGGAAACUUCAGUGUCCUGGCCUGUGUGCAGCCUGGCAAGUGAUGCAGUUAAGAUUUUGUGGACACUGUCGGGAGAGCAACUGGGUGCCCUGGCCUGGGAGAAGACUGGGGACUUUGUCAGCAGAGCAACUUUGUGUCCUGGCCUGUGUGCAGACUGUGGACACUGUCAGGAGAGCAACUGGGUGUCCUGGCCUGGGUGCAGACAGUGGAUGCAGUCAAGAGAAACUUCAGUGUCUGGCCUGUGUGCAGCCUGGCAAGUGAUGCAGUUAAGAUUUUGUGGACACAGUCAAGAGACCAGCUUGGGUAUCCUGGCAUGUGUUGAGGGGCUUUGUUCUUAG